AAACAUGCUCACGUGGCUUUUUUGGCAAAAAUUGUUCUCUUCCUUGUCGCUGUCUGGAUAACAGUUGUCAAAAUACUGUCAGUAGUCAGGGAUGUAUCACAGGUUCUUGCAGUCCAGGCUACACUGGCUUUCCCGCCUGUCAAACCGGACUGUGAGCACAAGUGCAGCUGCACCCCGGAAAAUCGGUGUUCUCAUAUUAAUGGGAAUUGCAUUCCCCCUAAUCACUGUACCUUAGAUCGUACUGGUCCAGGUUGUCAAAUCGUACGUUCAAAAUUGACCACUUCGCCUACCCUUGAAUUCACCUGCACCUCACUUACAAUCUCUUGGUCGGUAUUCAAUAAGUCUAUCGAUAGUGGCAUUCCUGAUGUUCGGAAGUAUCGCCUUGAACUGCGCUCAGAUACAUCAACAAACUUUACUGAGGUACGAACGGUGUCAAGAGAACAGAUUGCGGGUGCUGUGCACAGUGUGGUUUACUCAGAUGUCAAACCUGGCGAGAGGUAUUGGGCUCGUGUUGUGCCAAUCUUUUACCUUGAUAUGGGUGGAGGCGAUGGCUACCUGGAGGAGGGUAUCGCGAGUCCACCUUCACGGGAAGCUUUUAUCCCAAAAGGAGAGCGCCCGACAGGACCGCGAAACUGUGCCCUGGUGGGGUUGGCUGGGAGAUGGGUGGUGUUUCGGUGGGACCACGGCUUAAACUUCUGCGGGCUAGGCGAGCUUAUGGGCUAUGAGCUACAGCUCACUUCCUUUGGAGGCGAAGGCGAUGGAGCAACAGAAGGAGAAAUGGUAGUCAAAUCGUACCGUACCGACACUUUAACGACCGCCAUCGUUGCUGCGGAUCUCACUCCGGCGACAAAGUACAGGGCCAAAUGGACCACUCGAUAG